AUGGACAUUCGCCCAACGAGCGCACCAGUGACGUCCGGAUCGUCUGAAUCGCCUGAAUCCCACCCGUCCUCCGCCCCGCCCCGAAAACGAGUCCGCCGCUGGCACCACCGAGGAUUUACAGGCUGCUCGACAUGCCGCCGACGCCAUGUGCGAUGCGACGAGGCUUCACCCACAUGCAAUAACUGUACGAGGUUGGGGCUGGAUUGCGAUGGCGCACAGGGAAGAAUGACCUUCAAGGUCUACGGGCCCACACAAACGCAAGAACCGGCGCCGAAACCGCCCAGGGCACGGAAGAAAGCUCUGGACUCUACUAGCUGCGAUGGUAUACCGGGGACAGGAGCUUUUGCGUUAAACAUCAAGGAGGAAGAUGAGGGGCCGGUUGAAGCUGUGGUGGUUUCACCGACCACUGUAUCUCAACAAUCGCAGGCCAACUUCUGUUUCCAGGAUCCUAUAUCUUUGGCUCCCAGAGUACCUGCGAGCAUUCAUCGCACGAAUGAGCGCUACUUUACGCAUUUUAUCGACCAGGUGUCGACACUUCUCCUUAUCUAUGACAACUCUAUCAACACCAAUCCUUACCGCAAUUACUUUCCCGAUUUCGCUCGGUCGUCACCGUCCAUGGUCGGAGCUAUGCAGGCACUAGGCGCGUUGCAUCUGGCAAAUACAACUAUCGGACCACAACGCAAUUCACACCUUCAACACGCAAUGAGACAAUAUGGCGAGGUGGUACAAUUGUUUCGCGCGCGCUAUGCGCGUCCAGCCCAACAGCUAGGAAUGACCGAUUUCGCAACAUGUCUCUUACUUUGUUUAUUCGAGAUGAUGGACUCCCAAAACUAUAAUUGGGCCGUUCACCUCAAGGGUGCCCGAGAGAUCUACAACCUUCUUUUCUAUCCACACACAGGCGGUACAUCUCCUCGCGAGGUGCAACGCGUCGCCGAAUGCAACCAUCCCCUUCGAUCUUUCCUUGUCUCGCUACUGUCUUACCUCGACGUUGCAGGUGCAUGCGCUACCCCCGGUGGCACAGUUGUAGAAGGAAAUUACUGGAAGACCCUCGGAGGCGGCUGGGAAUACAACCUCGGAACGCCUAGCCUAUCCUCAUCCUCCACCCCCGAACAUCCAACCUUAGUGGAACUCCGACAAGCAUGGUGCGGGAUGAUGGAGGUGCAAGCUGCGAUUAGCACAUUCGCGCGUGAUAAGCAGUGGAUGUCCCCAGAGCACCAAGAUAUGGUUUACAAAGAGAUUUUCCACUCCCUCGUUGCUUGGAGAGCCAGCACACCCACUAGUCUCCAAUUACUGGGGGAAAUGGGUCUUGAUGAUGAGAGUCUUCGACGGUUUCCAUUCCCUGAUAUGUUGGAAUAUGUUGGAUGCGUUGAAGCGUACGAGAAAGCUACAUUCGUGCAUCUUCAUCAGAUAGCUGGCGCGGGCCGACCACGUUGGAUCACAGAUAGAGCUUAUCUGGAUAUGCUCAUUACGCGAAUUCUGACAUUGAUCCGCAAGUUAUCGAAGGGAGUGGGUCAAUUAGCUAUUCUCUGGCCUCUGUUCAUUGCUGGGCAGGAGACUCGAAAGGAGCACGAACAACAAUAUGUUCGCCAAACGAUGGAAGAGCUGAAACGUUUCGGCUUCAAGAAUGUGGGUAAAGGUCUUGACUUUCUAGAAGCGGUGUGGUUCAAGCGACGCGCUUUUCCUGAAGGCUGGACGGAGACAUUGGAUGAAAUCCAGUCCAAUAUUCUCUUGCCUUGA